AUGGCUGACACACCUAAUUCUAGUGAUGAAGACCUCAAGAAACAUUUGAUGAAGGUUUAUGAGGAUGUGACCAAAGACUGUGAGGAUAAGGAAUUGAGAACAAUAUUUGAUUGGAUUGUGGACUACGAUGCCCUUAAUGCAAAUGCGAUUCAUAUGUUCAGUUCUCUGGCAGAUUGCGGCUUCUGUGAUGAAGCGAGAGAGCUCUUUAAGCCUCACUCUGAGCAGACCACACUGCCGGAAGUGGCUGUCUUCACCAUGGUGAUUAUGGCCUACGCCGCCAAUGGCAAGACCAAGGAUGCUCACAAGGUCUACCAGCAGAUGAUAUCAUCUGGUGUCACCCCCACCGCCUACACUUACACUUUAAUCAUCUGCGGAAUGGCAAAAGACUUUUCGGAUUCUAAUUUCGUCGGGUAUGCCAAGAAGUAUUUCCUUGAAAUGUUGGAUAGGGGGAUGAAGCCCCAAUAUCAACCCUACAUGUAUGUUAUGGAUGCCAUUGCCUACCGAGAGCCAGUGGAGGAGGCCAAGAAGUUCCUUGAGCAGAUAAAAGCUAAGGGGUUCAUCCCUGUCAUCGAUGAUUUUCAGUACAAAGAAAACCACCUCACAGAAGCAUUGCAGGCAAUGAAAACGUAUGCUGAUCUUGUCGUCAACAACAACACUGACAAGGCUGUUCAAAAAUUGUUCCGUGAGUCACACCUCUCCCCUUGGAUAGAACGGUCGAUGGAGGUGCACAAGGCUUUGGUAGAUGAUGGAAAUGUCGACGAGGCCAUCGAGCUCUAUCAUACCAUUCAACAGACAGGCGUAGAGCCAUUGGUCCAAAUCCACACCUCUGUUAUUAAAGCCUACCUCAAGUUUGGCAAGACCAAGGGUGCUCUGGAGGCGUAUCUGGCCAUGUUAGCUGCUGGGGUUGCCCCCAACUCCUACACAUACACUGUUUUAAUCAAGGGACUCUGUGCUGACCCCAACUUCUUUGGAGAUGCCCAGAAGUACUUGCUUGAGAUGAUGGACAAGGGGAAGCAGCCUAAUGUUGCUGCCUAUACUGCGGUGAUAGAAGGCUUUGUGCUUUGGGAGGACAAGACAGCUGAGGAGAAGGGCAAACAGUUUGUGGAAAUGAUGAUGGGUAAAGGUUUUGUGCCUAAUGCGAAGGCUAUGAUGAAGGUUUUAAAGGGCAAACCAACACCGGUAAUUAGAAGGGUCAUGAGCAUUGUACUUUCCAAGUUGAAGAGCUGA